GCCUUAUGCCAUUAGUGAAUGUAGAAGAAAGAAAAGAAUACAUAGACAUUUAGGAAUGAAAUCUUCUGUUUGUGAGAAUUGUCAACCGUCAUUUGUUCUUAAGCAGUGCUCAUCUGUCUGUGAUAAUGGAAAAUGUUGUGAAGAUGAAUGUGUUGCAGAGAUGAAGCCAGUGCUCCCUUUAGCUGAUGUAGAACCUGUUCAUGGGUCCACUGAUGUUACAGAAAGUGUCCGGUCUGUUAAUAAAUUAGAACUUGUGGAGAAGCCUAUUGAGAAGGCUAAUGAGUUAUUAAAUAUAGAAGGGAGCGCUACACAGAAUUUAACAGGUCCAAGUUCUAAUAUGAAAACUGAGGUUGUUGAUGUUCCAUCUACAAAUACUGAUUUGGAAGAUGCAAAAGCAGUUGAAGAAACUGAUUCAUAUCCUGGUCAAUCAGAUGACAGUAGGCUUCUGAAGUAUACCUUCCAAAGGAAGCGGAAAAAAUUAUCCUUGGGAAACCCACAUGAAAAGAUUGAUUCUGAGAAGAACACAGCAAAGAGGAGGGUGGUGAAAAACAAAAUGGUGCAGUAGAAACUUAGAUAUCUAGCAUGAUGGAUGAGCCUUAUGGAGAUAGUCAGCGCCUGGCUCAGGUUGCUCAUCAGCUUGUAUCUUUGUCUGCAAAAAGGUGGUGCUAUCAAUAUGGAUGCUUAAGGCUGGAUGAUUCAACUAUAGCGGGCCUUUGAAGCAAAUAACACUUUGAAGCGGGUUCAUAGUCUCAGGACAUCACAUACAUGACCUGACUAUAUGUGCUACUGUAUGCCAUUUAUUUUGAGAGGAAUGAGUCUGCUAGGUAUGCCCUGAUUGUUUAGCAAUGCUGUGUUUAGUCCUGACUUGGGUAUUCUCACUCCCUUUGGUUGUGAUAUUAAUCCCAUUCGAGGUACUGAGGCUGCUUGUCCCAGCUGCAUUCCGCAGGCUCAAACCCCUAUUUCAGAGGCCCUUAAACCGCUUAUUUCAAACUUGCUUAAUACUUGGUCAUAACUUGGUG